UAAUGCUGUCUUUUGACUGUUGUACUACAAUUUAUUCAAGCAGUCCUUUAUUUAGGAAUUUGGGGGUAAUUUCCAAUAUUUUGGUAUUAUGAAUCGUGCUGAAUAGUCGUGCAUGCCCUUUCAUAUUUUCACCUCACGUAUUUUUGGGUGAAAGCAUGAAUGCAUCUAUGCAAUUUUGCAAGAUAUUAAGCUACUCUUUUCACUAUUCCUGUACAGAUGGAGAGACAGAUGAGACAGCUGCCCAGGGCACUUCAGCAGUUACUGGCACAGCUGGGAUGUGAACUGGGAUGUAACUAUUCUCACACACUUUCUAGGUCAUUCCAAGGUGGGAGAGGCAAGCAAAUAAUUUUGAAUCUGGCCAGCAUAUUCAGUGAAACACUUAUGCUUAUCCUUCUUCCUCCCGGCAUACAAGUUCUUCUUUAGCAAAACCUCCAGUCCUCUAAUUUAGCAUACUUUCGUCUAAUCUGUCACUUUCCCCAGGCCCCACAACUACGAGUACUCCUUGUCCCCAACCGGUCGUAAGUUGGUCGGGCAUAGCGGAGGGGGGUGUAGAGAGAACUGGAGGUGGAGACCUUUGCGCAUGCCCGGACACUGCGUUCCUCGCCAGGAAUCUGGGGCCCCUGCAGAGGCGGGACCAGGAUAUGACGUAAUAACGGCGCGCGGAGCGCGGCGCCCGGCGUUCUCGCAAGGUCGCUUUGCAGAGCGGGAGCGCGCUUAAGUAACUAGUCCGUAGUUCGAGGGUGCGCCGUGUCCUUUUGCGUUGGUACCAGCGGCGACAUGACGGAGUACACUCCGGAUGAGAAACUGCGGCUGCAGCAGCUGCGAAAGCUGAGAAGGCGAUGGCUGAAGGACCAGGAGCUGAGCCAUCGGGAGCCGGUGCUGCCCCCACAGAAGAUGGGGCCUAUGGAGAAAUUCUGGAAUACAUUUUUGGAGAAUAAAUCCCCUUGGAGGAAAAUGGUCCAUGGGGUAUACCAAAAGAGUAUCUUUGUUUUCACUCAUAUACUUGUACCUGCCUGGAUUAUUCAUUAUUACAUGAAGUAUCAUGUGUCUGUAAAGGAUCGCAUCUUCAAUAAGAUUGCAACCAGUUUGCUUCAGCUCAUUCCUUUGCUGCCUAAUUGAAUUCUGCAUCUCUCAGAUGAGUUUUCAGUGUCUUUUUGCCUUUUAGCACGUAAAGACAUUUUAAAGUCCUCAUAUUGUAUUCUGAGUUUCUCUCAUGUUCCAGUUCUCUAUGCCUUAUAUUAUGCCAAUAAUCUUUUAAAUUUUGGGCAGUGGUAUCUUGUGCAGAUGUAUAUGCAUAAAAAGUACAUGUAUUCAACAAUUACUUAUGUAGUACCUCUUAUGUGCAAGGCACUGUUUUAAAGACCAGGAUACAGCAGUGAACAGAGCAGAUUGAGUCCCUCCUCUCAUGAAAUGUUUAGUUUUAGAGACUGGUAAUAAAUAUAUAAACAAAGAGGUAUGUUAUAGGAGAACAAGUCUAUAGAAGAAAAAUUAAGCAGGGUAAAAACUAGAGAAUGAUAAGGCUUGCUAUUUUAAUUAGGCUUCUCUGAGGAAGUGAUCUUUGAAGACAAACAUCAAUGAAAUGAAGAUACAGGUCAAGCAGUAUUUAGGAGAAGAGCAUUUCAGGUAGAGGAAUCAUGAAGUACAGAGGCCUUGAGGCACAAGCAGGCUUGACUGAAUUGGACUCCUAGGAAGGGAGCCACUGUAGCUGUAGUAGAGUGAGUGAGGGAGAAAAGACUGGCUUUUUCUCUAAGAGUUAUGAAACUUUGAGCAGAGUGACAUAUCUUAAAAGAAUCAGUGUACUCUGCCUUGAAGUGUGGAGAAUAGACUUUUCAUUUGCAUAGGAGGGCACAAGUGGAAGCAGGGAGGCUAGUAGGUGCUGUUGUGGUAGUUGAGGUGAAAAUAUGAUAGAGGCUUGGACAAGGGUGGUGAUGAGAACCAGUUGGAUUCAGGGUAUAUUCUUAAGAUAGAAUUAACAGGCUGUGCUGAGGAGUCAAGGUUUCUGGCUUUUAUAACUGGGGGAAUAAGAGUGUCAUUUACUGAGAUGGGGGACAUGGGGAGGAACAGUUUGGGGAUAGGAGAAGUUAAGUGUGGGACCUCGUUAAGUUUGAGAUGCCUAUUUGAUAGCGAAGUAGAGAUGUUGAGUAAACAGUUGGAUAUGUGAAUCUGGAGUUCUGUGAAAGUUUGGAGCUUAAGUUAAAAUUUGGGGUAUGACCUAUUUCUUAUUUUCAGAAGAAACUCUUAACACCAUAAUUAACACAGAGUUAACUUUUAUUACAGGAAAAACCAUAUGGCAUAGUUGAAACGAAGCCCAGAAUAUUCCCU